GACUGGAAUAGGCUCCCUUUGGCCGGACUGAACUCCCCAUGUUGAAAGCAUUAUUCUUCAGGAAGAGAACGGCAAUCACAUACAAAAGCCGUAUAGAGCCGCCAGCGUUCCCGGAUUUUGAUAGAAGUCCCUAUGUCUUUCCUUCAGACAGCCAGCUCGGUCAACCUUUUACUGACAGUUCAUCUCGACCAAACCGCGAACAAGCCGUAGGAAAUCGUGACAAUGGACACCGUAAUGCAGAAAAAGUCAAGAAAGAGGAAACAGCAACCAAAGAGGAAGUCCAAGUAAUUGAUAGCAAUUUAAUUGAUGGCUCAAAUAUUGAUCACGACAGUGUCGUAGCCUCAGUGGAUGAAGUGUCUACAAAUAUACCAGAACAUAAGGAUACAGAGCCAGAAAUGUCUCUUCAGCACACACUUGAAAAAGUUAAGAAGAGGAAAAGACAAGAGAAACCACCGCAAGAUCCGUUCAGUAUAUUUGACUUUUUAGAGUCUGAUAGUGAUGGGACAGUGGAACUGAUGAAGGCCAAGCCGAUGGGAUUACUACAAAAGACAAACUCAGAUGCACACCGAAAAACUACGAGUAACCAUGAGUCGCUUACAGUAACAAAGGAGAAGAGCACGAAAAAACUUGCUACUCGCUUGAAGGCCGAAAGUAAGGUUGCAAUCGACAAUGAUGACGAGUCACAAUCCGAACUGUCUGAUUUCGAGCAUUUUGCAGGCAACAUCUUUCCGGAAGUGUCCUAUGUAAUCACGCCAGAGCAUGAAUUACCAGAGUCUGAUCCUAGAGAAGCGGAGCUAUCGUCGUUCAUGCGACAAGAAUUUGGAAUGGAAAGUGAGAAGGAUGAAUCUAUGGAAGAACAGCAAAAAAAGCCAUCAAAAAGAAAACAAUACGUUCCUCAGAACAAAAUCAAAGCUCAAUUCACAUAUGGCUCUGCAAGAAAGAUCAUUAGCAGUCAAAAUGAGAGUCCAAGCGAGGGCAAUACAAGCAACCUAACGGGAAACGCUCUGUCAUCAAAAGAAGCUCGUGUUCCUCCUAAUAGUACAUCUUUAGAUCGAUCAAUGCCUCUUGGGGAGAUCAAUAGAUCCUCAACUUGCACCAGCACACUCUCCUCGCCGUUAGUUUCUAGUAAUGAUAUGCAAUUAGAUGAACAGAACUGUACAUCCAAGAACACUUCUGGCCAAAAGUAAGCUAUUGCACCCUCAAUCACAUUGUGUAAUGUAUUUAAUAA